AUGAAAACUCAUGCACAGAAAGACCAGCUUGUUGAUGAUAUGUUGGCCAUCCCUGUUGAGCCAAUUCAAAAUCAUAAGCCCGAGCUAGUGUUCGAGUUUGAGUUUGUUACGCCAGAGUCCCCAAGCACCCCUGCGGACCAUUUAUUCCUGAACGGCAGGCUAUUACCACACAAGUUUCCAUUUCCCCCAACAAAAACUUUGAGCUUCAAUACUACUCUUUCAAGAUCAAUGAGCCAGACGAGCAGCGUGAGCAGUAAGGAGUCCUUAAUGUCAUCGCGGAGUAAUAGUACCAGUAGCAGGAGUAGCAGCAGUACUAGUACUAGUACUCGUGUUAGAACAAUGAAAGGUGAAGCCAAAAGUCUGAGAAAAAAGCAAGAGGUGUCUGCGUAUAGGCCUAGUUUGAGUCCGCAACAUGGGAGCUGGCAUUAUGUUACUCAGACACCAGUUUUAAAGCGCAAGGUGUCGCGUAAAAGCAGAGCUGGCUCUGAUCUACAGCAAGGGUCGAAAAGGAAGAAACAAGACUACAGAGGGGAACGCAAUGGGUGGUUUUUGUGGAGAUUUUGGCGGUGGUUUUUGUCAACCUGCAGCGGAUGUCAUGCAAUAAAUCCCCGAUGA